AUGAGGUUCAUGGAGGAAUAUAACAUUAGAAAGAUCUCAAGAGAACGUAGCCAGUUGGUUAAGGUUGAUAAGCCUGAGAAGGAGCAAAACGUUGGGGUAGCAGUAUGGCCAAAGGUUACUCUGACUCAUCUCCAGGUUGUCCAAUAUGCUUAUAAGUACUUCAAUAUCUACAAAGGUCUUGUAGUUGAUUUCAUGUAUAGCUCCGAGCAGUGGAUGGAGAGCAAGCAGUUUUUCCGGUCAUUGUCCGCAGAAGAGGCUUUGAGCAUUCUAGAGGUAGAGCUCAGCUUCAUCUAUGGCACUCUAUUCACCAAAGCCGACAUAUUGCACACCUGGAUUGGAGCUGCUUUCCGCUGUAUAGCCUUGAGUUGCCUAUUUGCAUCCCUCUACAUCUUCAGAACAUCAAGGAAAGAUGGAUAUGAUGGUUUUGAUGUUGGCCUUACUUAUGCUUUGAUCUUUGGUGGACUCGCACUCGAUUUCAUCUCUAUCCUCAUAUUCUGGGUAUCCGACUGGACAUUUGCAAGAUUGAGGAAGCCUAAGAAGGAUCUGGACAAGAAAGACGCCAGGUUUGACAGAUUUCUCAACUGGCUCCUCGGUUUCAGGGCUCUGAAGUGGAAGAAGUGCAAGGGCCACGAGAAAGAACAAAGCUACCACCACAUGGUGCUUGAUAGGCUCUUCAUAUUCCGGAGAUGGUCUGAGUACAUAUAUGCAUACAACCUGAUUGAAUCCUCCCUCAAGAUAAAAUCAAAGAGAAUCCACCACACCAAGGGUCACAUACACCGUUGCUUUGACUUCAUCAUUCAAAGCUUGUACAUAGAUCAUGCCAUCCGUAUCAUCAUCCGAGAAACAGUCUUAGUUUCCGCAGCCUUGAACCACAUCCGCAAGAAGACAGACUUAUACAUCAGCUCUCUCUUCAUCUUGCAUCGAAAAAUGUACUACGCUCUUUACCCCGUCAGGGUGUUUCUAAAAUGCUGGUUUGGCAUUCCUGUGAUCAACUAUCUCUUGGAAUUCUUCGGCAUCGUAGAUCAGAUAAACGAGAUCAGAUUCACAUCUCGUGAACGCCUCACUAGAGAGUUUUGGGAGUUCAUCUUUAAGGAGGUCAAGCAUAGAUGCCUCUUUAUUCUUGGCUCGGAAAGCUCCAGCUACAUAUAUUCCGCUAGAGGCGACUGGAUCCUGCGCGACAUGAAAAUCGAGGACUAUUACGAGAAGUUGCUGCCGUAUGUUACUGAAGUGAAUUACGACCAGAGCAUUCUGGUGUGGCACGUUGCCACUGAGCUACUACACCAAACAAACGAGGACAAGGCAAGAGAUGACGGAUACAGAGACUUCAGCAAAACCCUUUCAGACUACAUGAUGUACCUCCUAAUCGCGCAGCCUGCUCUGAUGUCAACAGUUGCUGGCAUUGAUAAGGUGAGAUUCACAGAGGCGAUAACAGAAGCGAAAAAGUUCCAAGAGGCUAAAAAGCUGUUUCAGAGGACGCACGUUGAAGAUUCAAGAGAUGCAAAGGUUGCUUGUAAAGCAAUUCUGGAUUCUUACAAGGCGGAUGAGCAAGGAAACCAGAAUGCUGACGGGUAUAGAAGCAAGUCUGUGCUGUUCCAAGCGAGCAUGCUAGCCAAGGAGCUUCAACGGAUCCAAACUCAAGUAAGCAAUAAACAGAUGUGGGAAGUAGUAAGCAAAGUGUGGGUGGAGAUGCUUUGCUACGCAGCGACUCACUGUGAUUCCAAACAACAUGCAGCUCAGCUCAACAAUGGUGGUCAGCUGAUCAACUUUGUUUGGCUUUUGAUGGCUCAUUUUGGAUUCGGAGAGCAGUUCCGUACCAGCAAGGAAGAUUCUAGAGCUAAACUGAUUCUGGACAAGGCCGCUUCUUGUCUUGUGUGA